AUGUCUGAAGCACACCAAAUUUAUCCUUCUCUUGUUGUUACAUUUAAUGAAGAUGUUAACAAUCUAAAAGAAUUAUCUAAAGGAACUAUAUUAGAACCGUUUUUUACUGACAAUAGUCCAAUUAGUAGUGAUAUGACUGAAAUAGUUGCUGUAACUGAUUACAUUCAAAAAAAUUCAUUAGCCGAUCUUCCUGAUGUAUUUGUUUGUGAGAAGGUAGAAAAAAUGAUACAAGGAGGGGUCAAACCUUUUCAAGCGAUGGAAUUUGGUAAAGUUUUAGGGAAUAAUGAUAGGAUGAGUUUAUUCUUUGAAAUGAUUAAACCUUCAACAAUGUAUGUUAUUGCUCGAGAAGAUGAGAAUAAAAUUUUAAGACUAUUUCUGUUUGGGCUUUAUAAAAUGAAAGCACUCUCUCCACCUGUUCUACAUAUUGUUAAACAAAUGUAUUUUGAACCAAUGAAUAUUCCAUGUCAAUCGAAGAUUAAAAAACCAAAGAAUGAAAUUUCUGAAUUAGUUAAUUAUAGACUAGGAGACAUGGAAAAUGCCUUAGAUGAAAUGAGAAAGAAAGUUAGUCAAUUGAAAAUGAAGAUUACUCUAAUUGAGUCUGAACAUUCACCAAUAAUUCAGACAAACAAUAUCCAUAAAGAACAAGUAAAAAUUCAACCGAAAGAUAAUCCUUUUAUUUUUGUUUGUAGGGAGAAUAAAACGUAUAUUAAAGUUAUUGAUGGAAAACUAAGAGGAAAUAUUUAUUAUGUUGAUUAUAGUAGUGAAAAUCUAUCAAUUAAAAUGGAAAAUGACCAACUUUUUAUUACUGACUCUGAAGGAAAUAGUAUUGAUAUACAUCAAUUGGAUAAAUCACAGAAAAUAGAAUUGUUAUGGGAAGUGAUUGAUCCUAUCUUUAACAAUAAUGUAGAAGAUAUGAAUGUUGAGUCAAAAACACUUAAUGAAAAUUGGAAGUUAUUUGAUGAUUUAUUAAAUAAUAUUUAA